GUCUGGGCAGCUGCUCAGCCCCGUCCAGCGUCCCUCAGCCCAAGACCGGCCCACUCUGGCUCGGCCAGGCACCCUAAACUUAGCUUCCACCCCUGGCUCCACAACCACUGCCACCACCUCAGCCCCGCUGCCACCUGCCCAGGAGGACGCUGCCCCGAGCACCCACCCUCCAUGACCGCCAUGUCCCAGACCAAAGCCCUGAAGGUCCGUGUGACCCUCUUCUGCAUCCUGGUGGGCAUCGUGCUGGCCUUGGUGGCCGUGGUGACCGACCACUGGGCCGUGCUGAGCCCCCACAUGGAGCACCUCAAUGCCACCUGCGAGGCGGCCCACUUCGGCCUCUGGCGGAUUUGCACCAAGCGGAUCGCCGUGGGCGACAGCAAGGACAAGAGCUGCGGACCCAUCACCCUGCCUGGGGAGAAAAACUGUUCCUACUUCAGGCAUUUUAACCCGGGCGAGACCUCAGAGAUCUUCCACGUCACCACUCAGAAAGAGUACAGCAUCUCGGCGGCCGCCAUCGCCAUCUUCAGCCUCGGCUUCAUCAUCCUGGGAACCAUCUGCGGGCUCCUGUCCUUCAGGAAGAAGCGGGAUUACCUGCUGAGGCCGGCGUCCAUGUUCUACGCCUUCGCGGGUCUCUGCAUCUUCGUCUCGGUGGAGGUCAUGCGCCAGUCGGUGAAGCGCAUGAUUGACAGCGAGGACACCGUCUGGAUCGACUACUAUUACGGCUGGUCCUUCGCCUGCGCCUGCGCCGCCUUCAUCCUCCUCUUCCUCGGCGGCAUCGCCCUCCUGCUCUUCUCCCUUCCUCGAAUGCCCCAGUACCCCUGGGAGUCCUGUAUGGACGCUGAGCCUGAGCACUAGCCCUCCUGGGGCCCCAGAGAGCCUCGGGACUUCCCCUUCAGGAAGCUGAGCCCAGCCGAGAACAUUCUAGAAAAGAGGGGGGGGCUUUACUUCUCCCCUGCUCCCACCUGGCCCCCUGCAGCGGCCGCUGCUGCUUUCCCUGCCGGAGCUCUCCUCCAGGCUGUGACGGGCACCUCUGGGAAUCCAGAGAGAGGACAUGGUCCAGACCUGCCCGAGGGGGGAGGGAGGCAGGGCCAGCAGGUGCACAGGUGUUCAAAGGAGGGCCCCGACCUUUCACUGGGGUUCUAGGCUGUCCCCGUGGGCUCAGGCUCCUUGAUCGGCUGGCUCCCCUUGUCCUCUGUAGCCCCUUUGCCAGUUCCGGGUGUCCACCUGUGUAAAUAGCCAGCCCCUCUGUCCUUCUUGGUGACAAGAUGCCCCCUUCCCCGGUGACCUGAACCUCCCCUCUUUGGCUUCUGGGAGACCUGAGAAGCAUUUUUUAACUGGGUAGAAUCUGACGGUGGUUUGAAAUAAAAUCUCUCCAGAAACUUG